AAAACUUAAAAAUUGACUAUGGAGUUGUUACAAAUGAACAUGUACAGUGGAACAAGCCCUUGCUCUUAGGCAGGUAUUGCGGCAAACACAACUGCUCCCAAAUAAAGUUCGGCCAGCCGCAAUUCCUCUGAGGGUUCAAUUAAUUGUAAUAAUUUGCUAUAGUUCAAGCGCGGCUAACAUGGCACCUAGCAGGGCAGCCCUGACUACAGGACCAGCGCUUCCAGAACCGCUGGGUAGCCCGCUCGAGGUAAACUUUCGCCGGCUGCUGAACUGUUGCCUCAGACACCUGCAGACGCUGGAGGGAUCCAGCGACGACUCAGGCGGCGUGGAGGGAGGGCCGGUGGCGGGGGCGGGACCCCGGGAUGGCAGCGACACGGCGGCUCUGGUGCUCAAAAUGAAGCACUACGUGGACACAUUGCGGGAGCAGCUGUCGGACCUGCGUGCGCAACAGGAGGAGCUGGGGCUGGACGUGGCCCGGCUGGAGUUGUAUGACGCGCACGUGAAGGCGGUGGCGGCAGCGGUGCCCAAGGUGCAGCUGCCAGCCUACUGCCAGAACCUGGUCACGGGCGGGGCCUCGAUGGCCGUGGCGGCGGCGGCAGCGGCGGCAGCAGCAAGCAGCUCGGGGGCAGCGGGCGCUGGUGCGGGCGUGGCAGGUGCCAAGGUGCUACAGCCGCCGGCGCCUUUCUUCAAGCCUCCCGUGGCGAGGCCUGGUGUGGUGUCGACAGCCUCGGGCAGCAAGGCUGGCAAGGACACCGCAGGCAGCAGCGGCGGCAACGGGCGAGAAGAGGCUGUGCCAGGGACAGCAGGCCUCAGUGCGGCGGCUGCGGACAGGCUGCGCGGCGCGGAGGCGGCGCAGGCGCUGUUGACGGACGAGCUGGCGGAGCUGACGGCGGCGCUCAAGGCCAACGCGGUGGGCAUGUCGGCGGCGGUGGCGGAGCGCGGGCGGCUGCUGGACGCCACCGACACGGCGCUGGGGGAGAGCCUGGCUGCCACCAAGAAGAACGUGGCGGUGGCGGGGGAGCAGGUCAAGAGGUCGGGCGGCACGUUCUGUCUGACGCUGGGCAUCCUGCUGGUGGUGGGGCUGGUGUUCAGCGGCAUGGUGGUCUAUAUCAAGGCCACACACCUGGUGGGGUACAGGGCGCCCAGGAGCUCGGGAGCAGCAGGCGGCAGCGGUGGCGGCACGGCUGCCGCGAUAGGGCAUGUGCUGGGUGAGGGCUUUGGCGCAGCGCUGGGCUCGGCAGCGAAGGCGGUAGGGGCCCUGGCGGGACUGGGGCCGAAGGGCGCGGGCAGCGCUAAGGAGGAGGAGGAGAAGUGGGAGCCGGGCGAGGCGGCGGAGCGAUGGCUGAGUGGCACGGGGUCGGCUAGGUUUGCACGAGGCCACACGGGGCAGGAGGAGGAGGCGGAGCAGGUGCCCGGGGCGGGGCAGCAGCACGCGGCGUCAGGGCACACAGCGGCGCACCAGGUGGAGCCUGGGCACGGGCAUGGGGUGCGGCAUGAAGGCGGCGCGGGGCAACACGGCGAACACGGUGGACCGGGGUCUGCCACGGGGGCGGGGGCGGGGGCAGGGGCGGGCGCGGGGCAUGGCGCGGGUGUGCACUCGCGGCCGGGCGGCGUGCACGGGCGCGGCGCCACUGCGCGGAGCACCGCCCGCAGCCACCACCACCACAAGCCGCACAAGGCGUGGAACAAGAAUGAGUUCUGAGGAGUAAGUGAAAGCGAAGUGGAGUGGUGCAGCCGCACUGAUCGGGAGGCGGCCGCACGGGCUGGGGCAGGGCGGCAGGCGGAUUGUGGAUGCCAUGGGACAGGGUACGGAAGCCGCCUGCGUGGAUCUCUGAGCGCCUCCAGUGCUUCAUGUGUUCCACAUUAUGAUUCUGUAAUACGGAAUCCAC